AUGAUCACUCUUUUAGGUGUAUGUAUACCAAGACUACUGUUCAGCUGUAAGGGAACGUCUGUAUUGGGAGUCUGGAAGAAUCGUGCCGAUGAUUACACCCGGGGUUAUAUGAAUUCGCGUGCCAUCAUAGAGCCCAAUGGGAAUAUAUUCUGGCCCCCACCUACCAAAUUCCGGAGUACGUGUCCCGUAGACGUGACAUACUUUCCCUUCGAUGACCAGACGUGUAAAUUAAAGCUCGGCUCCUGGAUAUACGACGGACUACAACCAAAUGUGACAAACAAUUACCAGGCUACAAAUGCUCACCAACUAUUUAACUCAACCACAAGCAGUCUUAGCCACGAAAUACAGCGCCGGCUAUUGCAGAGACACUCAAAGUACGGCCAACCGAACCAACCGCCCAUACCUAACGACACGCACAUACCCUUUGACCUGUACGCUGGGCACCGGUACGCACUGAGCACUGAGUCGCUAAUAAACAUCGAGGACAAUUAUAAACUGCUACUAAAUUUAUCGCGAGCCAAAUCGUGUAACCGAAUCGCCAAUAACCUGGCUGACAAUCGGACCCGUGGUACGGGUGCUGCCAAUAUAACCGUACCAGGGUCGACUACUGUGUCGGGCGCCACGUACGAUAGGCUACUGCAGGCGCACGAGGAGCUCCUGGACAUCAUAUGCCGGUACCUAUUGUGGGAAAGUGAGCUAAAAGGUGCGGAAUCGGAUGUCAUACACGAAUGGCGACUACUGGCCCUGUUUAUCGAUCGCAUACUGUUUUGGAUCUUUUUCAUCAUCACUUUUUGCUCAUCGGUUAUGUUCUUGGUGGUCAUACCCAUUAAGCAGCGUGGUCUACCUAACUUUUUGUAUAGAUAA